AUGACACCGAAUUUGCUUGUGUUUCUAGGCAAUGAAGAUAUGGGUAGGGAUGGUGCCUGGAAAGAGGAAACAAAGGUGAGUAUGGAUUUUAUGACGGGUAAUUGGCAGCCUGAGGAGUCAAGGAGUGAUGCUAGUAAGGAACUCUGCAACCUUUCCCAAACUAUUUCACAACCCUGGAUGCUUGUUGGUGACUUUAAUGCGAUCUUGAGCCUUGAUGAGAAGAGUGAGGGGCAAGGCUUUAACUAUUACAAUAGCUUGCAUUUUCAGAAUUGUGUUACUGAUUUGCUGCCUUAUGGACUUAGGAUUCCAACGUCUAAAAUUCCCUUGGAAAAAGGGCUUGGAUUAGGAAAGAAGACAUGGAAUUCAUAUGAGGAUUUUACCAAGGAAAUUAAUGAUUUUACUGGUGCUGCAAAAACUUAA